CGAGUAUCGUGGGGCUGUAACGGUGUGGCAUCUCGCUUUACAGCCAACACAUCGGGGACAAGCUGCUUGUGUAUUUUAACUUUUAAUUUAAAAUAUCAACAGAGCCGCUCUACUUCAACAUUCAAGGCUUUGCUGUCUUAGGUGAACUGCGAGUUAUUCGGAUCUCGGGGAAUUUGCAUGACAGGUGAGCCACCAUGGAGCUGCACAACAAAGACACAUUUUCUGAGGAUAUCCUGCCGGUUGUCAUUGUUGGUAAUGGACCAUCAGGGAUUUGUCUCUCUUAUUUGCUGUCGGGAUACACGCCUUACUUUUCCCCCGAUGGCUUCCAUCCCAACCCAGUUUUGCAUAACAAGCUGACAGAGAACCCUCUUUUGUCUUUGUUUGACCAGGAUCUGGAGUACCUGUGUGAGGGUGUAGAGGGCCGUUCGUCAAACCCUGUGGCUGUGCUCUUCGAUGCCCUCCUCCUUCCAGAUGGUGACUUUGGGGUGGAUUGCGCCUCCCCGCUGAUAUGGAGACAUGAGCCGGAAAGGGCCACACACCACCUUGUACUGGGAAAGGGACCACCUGGAGGGGCCUGGCAUGCGAUGGAGGGCUCAAUGCUGACACUCAGCUUGGCUAACUGGAUGGAACUUCCUGGUUUGAAGCUGAAGGAAUGGAUGAGAGAUAAACGAAGAAAUUUACGCAAUGACCGGGCCACACCAGCUGAGAUUGCGUCGUACUAUCAGCACUAUGUGACUAAAAUGGAUCUGGAGAAGAGCUUUGCUUGUGGCACCACCGUGACCUCAGUGUCUCGGGAUUCCCUUGAAUCUGGCUGCUCCGUUUGGAAGAUCCAAGGCCUCCAGAGAAGAGCAAGUAGUGGUGAAGGAAAUGAAGUAAUUGAAGUCCCUUUCUCAGUCUAUGCAGAGAACGUGGUGCUUGCCACAGGAACCCACGACAUCCCAGCCCGUCUCGGCGUGGAUGGUGAAAACCUUCCCUUCGUUUGCCACAGCUUCUGGGAGCUGGAGGCUGCCAUUUCCUCAGGCCGUUUGGACCGUGCUUCAGAGCCGGUUCUUGUGGUUGGUGCUGGGUUGACGGCGGCGGAUGCAGUUCUCGCUGCACAUCACUUGAACACACCUGUAUAUCAUGCCUUUAGGCGACCUGUGAGUGAUCCGGCACUCAUCUUCAACCAACUGCCCAAGCUCCUCUACCCUGAGUACCACAAAGUGCACCAAAUGAUGAGCCAACCGCAGCACAAAGUGGAUGAGUCGGUGGUUUAUCUGUCCAACCAACCUCUUUCUUCACCUGCUGAUGGCACCAGCCCGUAUACCUGUUACCCUGGUUACCUCAGUUUCCCAAAGCAUCAUGUAGCUGCCUUCAGACCUGAUGGCAAGUGCGUGCUAGAGGAUGAGAGAGGGCUACAGACAGUGCUGCAAGUCUCAAUGGCGCUCGUUUUGAUUGGUGCCUAUCCCAACCUGUCAUUCCUCCAAGAACAUGGUCGCCCACUGGCGGUGGACUCAGAAGAGCCAAUCAGUUGUCGGCGUAACCCACUAGACGUGGAUCCAUACAAGUAUGAGUGCGUGAAGGAGCCAGGGAUGUAUGCCAUGGGUCCACUGGUGGGUGAGAACUUUGUGCGGUUCCUGAAAGGCGGAGCUUUGGCCAUAGUGUGUGACAUCGCCCGAAAACGAAGUAAAAAACGACAAGAGAAAUGCACAACAAGCUCAUUGAAUAUUCAGCUGACCAACUGCACAUUGGAAGCAUGAAAAGACUUUGACUUUAAAGGGGUGAAAAGAGAUUUUUGAUAUAUAGCUAUCUGGUACUUCCAGAAUCCUUCAGAAACGCCACAUUACAUGGCAGAAAAUGCUCAGUGGUUCUGCUCCGACUGACACAGAGGAACCAGUUGUUGAAUGGUUCCUGACUGUUCCGGCCUCCCACUGCAAGUGCUUGCAUGUAGACGUGCAAAUGCACUGACACAGAUCUUUGUUGUUAAUGGCUAACUAACUCGCCUCUAAACAUUCAUCUGAGUUUAUAGACACGGGGUGCUUUAACACUUCAGGGAUUUUGUUCAUGGCUGCUCACUCGAAACACUACUCAUGUUCUCACAGCAAUCAUGUUCUGUUGUGCCAAAUUAUUAACAUUUGUAAUCUCCGUGUUUUCAAAUCUAAAAUUUCCUUCAUGCAAGGAAAACACAAAACUAAUCUUUGCCAAGGAAAUGAUGCUGUUGUAUCAGUGUUUGUACUAACACUCUUACUGUCCUCUUUAAUGAAUGUAUAAAUCAGUGGACCGAAAAAAAGAUCAUUAUAGCAUUUCAACUUUUUGUCUUCCGUACAUUGCCUUCCCAAGUAAAGCAUACAGUUGUAGUGAAUCCAUUGGUUAUACCAGCAAACCAGACUUGAGUGUCUAGAAUUGGGGCUCUUAAUAAGACGUCCUUGUUUCAUGCUGCUGUUACUAACCAAAGCCAAACCUCAGAGAGGUCAGGCUGCACUUACAAAACUGACCACAAGAGGGCCUUUGCACACCCGUGAUGAAAGCUAGCAACAUUGCAUGAGACAUGAUGAUCCAUCAGGACAUUAUUUGAAUGAAUGAUUAAUCCUAUAUAAGCUUAUUUAUCUGUCAUGGGCCAAAUAUAUGGCCUCGAUGACCUUUUGAUGCAAUGAGUAAACUGUACAUUUAUUUUAAAUUUUAUAAAAUUUAAAUGCAAAUCAAAUGCAUAUCUUGUUCCUUUAUGAAAAAUGAUUUUAGAUUCAACGAAUAUGAUAUGAAAUAUUUUUUUUAUUUAAUCUAAAAAUGAAUUCUGCUAUAUUACUUGCAUGUACGUUAUGAUCCCUGGCAGCUCCGAUUAAACACGUUUGU